GGAGUCGUGAGCUCCAUCUGGGGUGACACGCAGCUACAGGGAGCGGUGCUGCGCGCACACUGGAGGCAGGAUCCAUGGCAACAAUCAUGGCAGAAGCAGAGACCCGCCAGAAGCUGCUGCGCACCGUCAAAAAGGAGGUGAAGCAGAUUAUGGAGGAAGCUGUCACCAGGAAAUUUGUUCAUGAAGAUAGCAGCCAUAUCGUGUCCUUCUGUACUGCGGUGGAGGCUUGCGUGCUGCACGGGCUCAAACGGCGAGCGGCUGGCUUUCUGCGCAGCAACAAGAUAGCGGCGCUCUUCAUGAAGGUGGGCAAAAGCUUCCCGCCCGCCGAGGAGUUUUGCAGGAAGGCCCAGGAGCUGGAGCAGCUCAUGGAGACAAAACGAAGUCAAAGCUUGCAGAGUCAAGACAGUCUUCGUAAGAUGCCCCGGCUGCCGACCCUCAACCCUCCUGGGGUCAGGAACCUGUGGAUCAGGACGGCUCUGUUUGAGAAAGUUCUGGAUAAGAUUGUCCUUUUCCUGGUGGAGAACAGCAGUAAAUACUACGAGAAAGAGGCUAUUCUGAUGGACCCUGUGGAUGGACCGAUUCUGGCCUCCCUGUUAGUUGGACCGUGUGCUUUGGAGUACACAAAGAUGAAGACGGCGGAUCACUUCUGGACGGACCCGUCUGCCGACGAGUUGGUCCAGCGACACCGCAUCCAUAGUGGCAUCUGCAGGCAGGAUUCUCCCACCAAGAGACCCGCGUUGUGUAUCCAGAAGCGACACUCCAGCAGCAGCAUGGAUGAGCGCCCUUCGCCUUCCCCGUCAGCCCGAGAAUAUGUGGAGUCGCUUCAUCAGAACAGCAGGGCCACGCUGCUUUUUGGCAAGAACAACGUGCUCGUGCAACCGAGGGAUGACAUGGAGGCUAUCCCAGGUUACCUGUCGCUGCACCAAACUGCUGACAUCAUGACGUUGAAGUGGACGCCCAAUCAGCUCAUGAACGGCUCUGUAGCCGACUUGGACUACGAACGCAGUGUAUACUGGGACUAUGCCAUGACAAUCAACUUAGAGGAAAUUGUGUAUUUACACUGCCAUCAACAAGUGGACAGUGGAGGGACGGUGGUCCUAGUCAGUCAGGAUGGGAUCCAAAGACCUCCACUUCGCUUCCCCAGAGGAGGACAUUUGCUCCAGUUCCUGUCUUGUCUGGAAAACGGACUGCUCCCUCAUGGACAGCUGGACCCCCCGCUCUGGUCCCAGAGGGGGAAGGGAAAGGUGUUUCCCAAACUGAGAAAGAGGGUAGCUCUGGGAUCUGGAUCCACAGAGUCCGUCUCUGACAAGGAGGAGGACGAGGCCACGGAUUAUGUCUUCCGCAUCAUCUUUCCAAACAGCCAGUCGGAUUUUGGGACUCCUCCAGACCUGAUGGAUGCGGGAGCCGCCCUGUGGCAGCCCACUCUCAGGAAGCCUUCGUGUUACUCCUGCUCUCAGGGGAACUUCUCUGACGGGGCUGCGCACAAAGGGUGCAACUUUGAGAGGACUCCUCUGAAGCUGCUGUGUGACAACAUGAAAUAUCAGAUCAUCUCCAGGGCGUUUUAUGGAUGGCUGGCGUACUGCCGCCACCUGUCCACUGUGCGGACCCACCUCUCUGCCCUCGUCAACCACGCCAUCGUGGCGCCCGACGUGCCCAGCGACGCCUCCGCCGGGCUCACCGCAGACGUCUGGCAGACGUUUCUCAAGGACUGCACUGCCUACAAAGAGCAGGAGCUGCUCCGUUUGGUCUACUUCGGCGGUGUUGACCCCUCGCUGCGUAAAGAGGUGUGGCCUUUCCUGCUGGGGCAUUACCAGUUUGGGACGUCAGAGGAUGACCGGAGGGAGGUGGAUGAACAAGUGCGGGCUUCCUACGAGCAGACCAUGAGCGAGUGGCUGGCGUGUGAGGAGGUUGUCCGCGAGCGAGAGAAGGAGCUGCAUGCCGCCGCUCUGGCAAAGUGCUCCUCUGGGGCGAGUGUGGACAGUUCCAGUCAAAGGAUGAUCCAUCAUGAUUCCACUGUGAGCAACGAGUCUCAUUCAUCUCACAGCUCAGACAGGGAGAGUCUGGCCCGCCUCCAGAGUGAUUCCAGCAGCAGCACACAGUUGUUCACAUCCUCCCAUCCCUUCCCCUGGAGUAGUCUGCUUCCCUUUGGCUUGUUCUUUCAGGUGUUUGAGUCUGUAGAAGAGGUGGACCAGCCCGAGUCAGAGUCCAAGACCGAAGAGGCCAAACAGCUGCCGAAGAUGCCCAACGGAGCUUUGCAAAACGAGUCAAGCUCUCCUGACUCUGGACACCCUUCCUCACGAAACUUCUCCAUCACGUCCGGCCUGUCAGACGGCUCCUUCAGCACGGAGGACAGCUCCGCACCAGACGCGUCCCAGAGAUCCACAGCUGCGCCUCAGAUGCCACAGAGCUCCGCCAAACCCGCAGUGGGGGAGGGUGACGCGCUGACGAGCGAAAGCCAGGUGUCAAGUGAAGAGAAGGGCAAAGGGGAGGAGGAGAAAGGGGAGAAAACAUCUGACAGUAUAGUUAAGAAGGAAGCUACAUUGCAUCCUGGAACACAGGAAAGCCUAAAGUCUGAAAAUGUGAAAAAAGAAGGGACAAACUUUGAAGACAAAAGGCUGAAAAUUAACAAUAAAGAAAGUCCUCAAGAACAUGCGGGACUGACGAGUGAGGAGGUUUCCAAGCGCAAAGAAAAAAACGGGAAACAUGUUAAAGAAGCGGAAAAACUAAACGCAACUGUCAAGUUUUCACAAGAUAAAGAAAAACCAAAAAGCCCAAAGGGAUGCGAGGAGGAGCAGAUCCUGGCCGUGUCCACGUCAGGAGGGGCUUACGGCUCCUCUCAGAGAGACGAGACCCUGACCGAGUCUGACGAGUCUCCCUCUGCCAUCGAGAUGGAGGAGAUCCCCAAAGCGAAGGUUUCCAUGGCCCCUUGGAGCAGGAGGGGACACUGCGAGACUUUCCCCGAGGAUUCAGCAGCUCACACGGAGCUCAGGCAGGAGGUGGAAAAGCUCAGCCCCGAAGGAACGGAGUCCAUCCUGUCGGAGCCAGAGAUGGAGAGCCUUUACCCUCCCUUCGACUCUCUUCCCGCUGAUGAGAACACAAAGAAUGAAGUGACCUCUCAGGAAUCAUCUGGGAGCCCUUACCCUCAACAGCUUUUGGAUUUGUACACUCUAAAUCUGCACCGCAUUGAAAAAGACGUCCAGCGAUGUGACAGGAAUUACUGGUAUUUCACUCCAGCCAACCUGGAGAAGCUGCGCAACGUCAUGUGCAGCUACAUCUGGAGGCACCUUGACAUCGGAUAUGUGCAGGGAAUGUGCGACCUGCUGGCUCCUCUUUUAGUCAUUCUGGAUGAUGAGGUCAAGGCUUUCAGCUGUUUCAGUAAACUCAUGAAGAGAAUGAAUCAGAACUUUCCGCAUGGAGGAGCUAUGGAUACUCACUUUGCAAACAUGCGUUCUCUAAUCCAGAUCCUGGAUUGUGAGCUGUUUGAGCUCAUGCACCAGAACGGAGACUACACCCACUUCUAUUUCUGCUACCGCUGGUUUCUCCUCGACUUCAAACGAGAGCUGGUUUAUGACGACGUGUUUGCAGUCUGGGAAACCAUUUGGGCCGCCAAGUACACCUCGUCAGGUCACUUUGUUCUCUUCAUUGCCCUGGCACUGGUGGAGGUGUACAGGGACAUCAUCCUGGAGAACAACAUGGACUUCACAGACAUCAUUAAGUUCUUCAAUGAGAUGGCCGAGCACCACAACAUCAAGCAGAUUCUGACCCUGGCCAGAGAUCUGGUGUGCAAAGUGCAGAUGCUGAUAGAAAACAAGUGAUUGUUGCUUCUCGUCCUCCUCUCCUUCCACAAGAAGCAGAAACGGCUGUAGUAGCACAACCGUAUUAAACACGCAAGUUCAAAUACAAUCUACUCAAGGCCUUCACAAUCAGAGUUUGCUGCUAUGAGCCUUACUGACUACCCCCUGUGGUGUUUGUCCUGUCAGCACUAUGACCACCGGGUUGAUCCGUGCGUGCGCUUAAUAUUUUAGGAUAAAGACGUUCGAGCUGCACAUUUCAUGCCAAAACACAAAGCUGAAUGCAAACAGAGACUAUAUUUAUGAGGAAAAUAGAUUCAGAUGCCGCUGUAUCAAUUAUUUUAAUAGCCUACUGUUAAAGAAAAAUAAAUUUAAGUAAGAUAUCUUCCUAUUCCCGUCCCUUAACAAAGUAAAGAUUAUUGACAGGUUAUUAUUUUUAUUAUAAUAUGUACGCACAAACAAAUAAAUGUUAAACUCAUCAAUUGAUUAAAAAAUCUGCCUGGUAGCCUGAAAUGUGACCCAUUUGCCUUUUCACCCUCUGAAUUCAGAAUCAUCUUGCUUCAAACUUUAAUGUUUAAUCAAGUUACAUUUUCUUGCUAAAGUAUUCACACCCCUGGACUUUAAAGGUGUCUUAAUAACUGCAUAAAUCAUUUCAUAGUUGAUAUUGCUGCAAAUGUAACUUCCCCAAAGAAUUUUAUUUACAGGCCAAACGUCUCUCCUCAGUAAAAGGGUUGGCUGUGGUAAUGAUAUGCAGCUCUACCUACAUGACUUCACUCUGAUUGGCUACAACCAUAUUUGGAAAAUCUUGUGUCGCAUUUUCCCAUGACACAGGAAUAUGCAGCUGGGAUCUAGUUCUUCACCACGGGGACUGCUUGCUCUCCUCCUGGGUGACUGCAGAGGAUCGCGGUGGAGAGCAAACUCUCCCAGGCUGCGACAGGAAAAUCAUGCCGCUUAGUCAACUGGAUCCCUUACAUUUGACAGCAUUUGGAAAUGAAAUAAACUUACAGGUAAUGACAGCGUUGUGGUCGCCACUUUCCAUGUUUUGUUUUGAAAAUCAAGAUUUGAAAUCCCCCACAGGAAACUCUCCAAUAAAGUCCCCAUAAACUCUUCUGUGAUUCUCCCAUACUUCGACCUUCGUGAAUUUUUGUGCAUCCUCAGACAUAUCAGCUCCCCUUUUCAGUAACCGCUGUAAAGUGAGUUUGAGGCUGAAUAUGGGAUAUUCGCGCUCCACGGCUUCUGCGGCGACUGCCUCCUGUUUGAAGCGAUACAGGGAGGCUGUACCGUCUGCUUGAGGAGGGUGGCUAUUUGCUUGAUGGUGUGCUCUGAUUGCAGAAUAUGAAACAUGUAGAAUGACAACCCAAUUUUUGAGCAAGUUAAGAAAGCAGACCGUGCCAGAGCAGGUGCUUUGGUACUCAAUUUAGACAUUAACAUGGCCUCAUCAGUGCACAACAGACCAGAUUAUACCCCUAAAACCUCAGAAAAUUUUUAUUUGUUGUCAUGGCUCCUUUG